UUACGUAUUUUGAUCAUCAGACAUGGAGAAACGGAUCAUAACGUACAAGGAAUCAUUCAAGGUCAAUUGGAUACAGAUUUGAACGAUAUAGGUAGAAAACAGGCGCAUUAUGUCGCGCAAUAUUUGGCAAACGAACAUAUCGAUGAGGUAUACUCUAGUCCUCUAAAAAGAGCUAGCGACACAGCAAAAGCCAUCGUGGAACAGAAUCCAAACCGAAAAUACGAUCGAAUGCAAUUCUGGUACGAUAAACGGCUGAAGGAGCGCGGUUUCGGUUCACUCGAAGGCAACAAAUACGAUCGAUCAAAACCAAAGAGGGAUUCAAUCGAUGGCAUCGAACAAACAACUGUCUUUUAUACCGAUGCUACCACAUAUCCGGCCGAAGAAUUAGGGAAAGUACAAACAUCUGGUCCUCCGCCACAUCUAAAUCGGGCAGGCUGUUCAAGAACGAUUGCGGUUGUUGCACACGGAGCUGCAAUUAGUGCAAUGGUGGGAAAUGUUCUUUUGGAUACAGGAAUAGCGGCAAUGUCGGCCGGAGUUCAAAGGACGCGGAUAUGGAAUUGUAGCGUGACAGAAGUGAUCGUGAAC